AUGACUCUACAAACUGCUAUUAAAGCUAAAAACGUCCCGCAAAUUCGUAAAAUCACUAAAAACACACCCGUUGCUGACAUAGUUAAAAUGCUCAAAGAAUUUACGCCAACCGAGCGGGUGCUUUACUUUCGGCUGCUCAACACAAGCAGCCAGUCGGACAUUUUUGCGGCGCUUGAUCCGGAUUUCCAAGAGGAGCUGGUUAGUUCUUUUACCGACUCGGAAAUCAAAACGAUUGUCGGCGAACUUUACACCGAUGACAUUGCCGAUUUAGUGGAAGAGGUGCCGAUUGAAUUGGCCAAGCGAAUUUUGUCGCUGGCAACAGACAAGGAAACCAAGGAGAACAUCAACAAAAUUCUCCGCUACCACGAUAGUCAAAUCGGUUCAAUUAUGUCGGUCGACAUCGUUUUGCUGCGCCAAACUCUGACCACUAAAAAAGCGCUGGAGACGAUCAAAGAAGAGAAAAGCGAGGCUCGGUUAGCCCAUUACUUUUGCGUUGUCAACGCUCGCAACCAACUGGUUGGCUACGUGGCCCUAGAAGACUUAGUUUUUGCUAAGGCCGACACUAAAGUCCAAAAGUUAGUUCGGCCCGUCAGCACCGAACUGAGAACGACCACCCAUAAAGAAGACGCGGCGAUUAUUUUUGCUGAGCAAGACAUGUCGGUUUUGCCAGUUUUAAACACCCAAAAAGAAGUCGUGGGAAUGGUUUUUGCCGACGACAUGAUCGACGUGAUCAAGGAAAUCGCCAUUGACGACUUCCGUAAGUUUGCCGGGGUCAGCGGAACCGAGGAAAAAACUUACACCGAAACCUCAAUUUUUACCACCUACCGCUCGCGGAUGAUUUGA